AUGCACUCAUCUGAAGUACCUCUGCCAGAUUUUUCUCCUCUCGUCAUUAGUCCAGAAGUUCUCUUCCAAAUGCACUCAUCUGAAUCCAGAAGUUCUUCCAAAUGCACUCAUCUGAAGUACCUCUGCCAGAUUUUUCUCCUCUCGUCAUUAGUCCAGAAGUCUCUUCCAAAUGCACUCUGCCAGAUUUUUUCUCCUCUCGUCAUUAGUCCAGAAGUUUCUUCCAAAUGCACUCAUCUGAAGUACCUCUGCCAGAUUUUUUCUCCUCUCGUCAUUAGUCCAGAAGUUCUCUUCCAAAUGCACUCAUCUGAAGUACCUCUGCCAGAUUUUUCUCCUCUCGUCAUUAGUCCAGAAGUUCUCUUCCAAAUGCACUCAUCUGAAGUACCUCUGCCAGAUUUUUCUCCUCUCGUCAUUAGUCCAGAAGUUCUCUUCCACCUGCACUCAUCUGGAGUACUUCUGCCAGACUUUUCUCCUCUCACCAUUAGUCCAGAAGUUCUCUUCCAACUGCUCUCAUCUGAAAUACCUUUUCCAGAUUUUUCUCCUCUCACCAUUAGUCCAGUUGCACUCAUCUGA